AUAGAAGUAACAACAAACGUACUGCAAAGGACGAGUACCAUUUCACAGAGUGGAAAAUCACAAGUGUGAAGAGAAUUAAGCUGUGCUAUCUCCUGGAGGGGACUCUCUGUAAUGCCUCGUGGAAGAUUUCACUCUUGAUGUUGAAGAAUUAAUAGAGCAGCAGCAGCAGAAAGACACACACAAGAAAGUCUUCACAUUAAACCAGAUGAUGGAUAUCAAGAAUGGAACAAGUAAAUGUUCACAUUGGGUAAUCAGAAGGAGAGUAAAAUCCAAGCAUGGAGACUGGUAAGAAUUUUAAAUGCAAGAAAUGCAGCAGAUUAUUCACAACCAGUGGUGGUCUGAGGAAGCAUUUAUUAAGAUGUCAUGAGAAGCAUCAUGUAAUGAAGAGUCGUCUAAGAAGCAGGCAAACCCAAACCCCUGAGGCUUGUAUGACAAGAGCUGAUAGAGAUAGUAGUGACCAACCAAUUGAUACGAUAAAGACAUCUGCUGGAAAUCUGACUCCUGGUGAAGAGAGUGAAGAAUUUUGUUUUAAAACAAAGUGCUUGAACCAAAGGAAGGUGUGUAACAUCUGCCUCAAAUCUUUUGCAAAUGUUCAAGUUUUAAAAACACACAUGCGAAGACAUACAGGAGAACGUCCAUAUUUCUGUACAUUGUGCGAGAAAACUUUUACCCAAAAGAAUGGUCUGAUCGUCCAUAUGCAUACCCAUGCGAAUGAACAAUUUCCCUGUCAGGAAUGUGGUUUAGUUUUCACCCAGCUUAGAAGUCUAAAGAGACAUUCAAAAUAUCACACGGGUGAGCUGCAGAUGAAACGCAGUGCCUCUGGACAAUACAAUGAGUUUAAAGUAAGAGUUUGUAAGGCCUUGUCUGACACUGGAGUACAAGAAUAUGAAAAUGUGUUUCGUUGCAACUUUUGUGACAAGGACUUUAAGACUGGAAGCCAGCUGAUGGUUCAUAGGCGAGUCCACACCGAUGAACGUCCCUUUGAAUGUAGGAUGUGCCAGCGCAGCUUCAAGCAAAAGAUCACGUUACUUGAUCACGAAAGUACUCAUCUACCACAAAAAUCUCACAAGUGCCACCAAUGUGGGUCGUUGUUCAAGCAACAAAGGACCCUAAGGCAACACAAGAAAUUGCAGAUUUGCAAGAAGAAGGUGAAGAAAAAUAGAGAUAGUGAGAAUCAAAAGGGGGCAGAAAUCAGUGUACCUCAAUGUCAAGAGGAAACCAAUUUAUUAUUUUCUGAUGUUGCACAGAAUGCUGAGGUGUCCUGUUUGCAGAGCAUGAAGCACUGUAUUGAGCAGAACAGUGAUGGCAAAUUAGAAUUAGAAACAAAAAUGAUUGAAGAGAGCAUUGAAAUUCAAGACAAAGUCCAGGUAGAAUACAUUACUGGUUUAGAUGGUGAGCAGGGAGUUCCAGAAUUAGUUUCUCGCAAGAGUGAUCUUGACCAUGGUGCAUAUUGUACAUCCACUGAAACUGACACGAAUACUAUUCCAAUGUUUGUUUGUGAGUAUUGUGGCAAAGUUUUCAAGGGAAAGAGAAAUGUGAUUCAGCAUCAGAAGACACACACUGAUGAAAGGCCAUUUGUAUGUGGUAUAUGUUUCAAGGGGUUCAAGAUAAAGGCAACUCUGGUGGAGCAUGUAGGGAUCCAUACAGAAGGUAAACCUCAUCCCUGCCAAACAUGUGGCAAGCACUUCAAGACUCAGAAAUGUCUUCAAAACCAUGUAGGAAGAAAUAUAUGUACAGGUAUUAGACCUUAUGUCUGUAGGGGUUGUGGCAAAGCAUUCAUGUAUGACAGAUACCUGGAGAAGCACAGGUGCCUUGGAAGUGUCCCCAAGACAUUUGAGUGUGAAGAAUGUGGGAGAAAGUUUACCCGCCACAACCUUCUGACUGAACACAAGAGAGUACAUACUGGAGAGCGUCCUUUUGAAUGUGAAGAUUGCGGUAAGAUGUUUGCCAAGAGGGACCUUUGGAGACGUCAUCGCCUCACCCAUAAAGACAAACGAUUUGAGUGCCAGGAAUGUGGAAAGCGAUUUGCCCAGAAAUCCACAAUGCAGGUUCACAUGGCUGUCCAUUCUAAAGAGAGGAAACACGUUUGUGAUGUAUGCAAUAAGUCAUUCAAACUGGCCAGCUCAUUACGCAAUCACCUCAAGGCAAUGCACACCAAAAACAGCCAGGCAGAGACCAAGCCCAGUGCAUAUCUGUGCUCUUACUGUGGGAAAGUCUUCAGGCACCUUGGGUGGAUGCUGAAGCACCUCUGUGAAGCCAGUGGUGUUAAACGUUUCAAAUGCUCCAUGUGCAGUAAAAAAUUUGACAAGAAGCAGCAACUGGAGGUCCACUCUCGUAUACACACUGGCAUUCGCCCAUACAAAUGUAAAGAAUGUGAAAAGUGCUUCACUCAGGUCAGUAGUCUCAAGGACCAUAUGGUUACCCACACAGGGGAAAAGAACUACAAGUGUGACAUCUGCCACUGUGCCUUCACACGUAAGAACAGUCUCCAGAGGCACAAACUUAUCAUUCAUGAGGGUGUCGAACCAUUCAUUUGUAGUAAAUGUGGCUUGACUUUCAAGUACAAGAAAUCAUACAAUGCUCAUGCCAAUGUGUGUGAAGUUGUCAAAGUAAAUGAGCGGUCUAACACAGUACAAACUGAAAAGGUUCAAGAUGCAGUAACUGAGGACCGAAAAAUGGUCAAUGCUCCAGAUUUUGAACAACAGGUGCUGGAUAAUAUUCUGGGUAACAUUGAGAGGGCUAUGAAUGGCGCUGGUAUUGAGAUCAGACCUGAUGUCCAGUACCAGAUAAUAGUGGGGGAAAAUGCCAGUGAAGUUACUGUCCACGUCACAGGGGACGAAUAGUAGCACCAAUCACAAUAAAUGACAAUUCAAAGUCCUGUUUGAUAUUGUCAUGAGUAUUGAGUAGUGAGUUAUCUUAUUGAUACUGAGAGAUUCAUACUUCCCUGACCAUUAUGUAACUAACGUUAAACUGAGAAAUGCAUUCAGUCUGAGUUAGAGGGUAAUCUAAAAUUUGUAAUUAAUACGUUUUUUGUAAAAUGAAGAAGAAAAAAAUAAUGACAAAAAAAACAGUAUGAUGAAGUAAGAAAUAUAUCAAAUAGUAAGAAAGUUGUGAAUUUGGAUUUCUAAGUUUAUUCCUUUUCCUUCUUCAAAUAUGAGCCUUACAUCCAUAACACAUGUGCAUGUAGUUCUGCCAGCAUGAAUGGUUUUACACUGGACAAAAAACUCUUAAUGAAGAAGUAAACUAAUUCAUUUCUAUUUCAAAUGACAUUAGAAACAAUUUUUCAAAUAGAAGUUGAAAAUACCUACCCGGUAUAUCAGGAAUGGCCUAGCACUUUUUUGGGAAGGGGAGGGUUGCCCGUCCAUCUGCCCAGCUUUCUUGUUAUUGCGACAUCUCAAAAUCUGUUGAAGCCUGAGUCCACUCUAAUUUUCAAAAAUUAUAGCAUGUUGUAAAUAAAUCAAAGAUUAAAACUGCCAAAUAUCACAGGUGUACUUCAAUCAAGCGAUUAAACUUUGGAUUUAAACCUUGGAACUCUUUCAGCCUCAUAGGAAGAUCCCGCCCCCCCCCCCCACUCCGUGACUGCAUGCUUGUUUCCAAAAUCUCUGGCUCGUAACGGGGAAAAAGAUCUGCCCGUAUUGACUUUACACACCGGACUUAUGCUGAAAAGGGAGGGGGGGGGGGGUGCUGAAAAGGCUCAUAUAACAAAGAAAAAGAUCUACUCGUGUUGACUUUACAUACCGGACCUAAUCUGAAAAAAGGGG